AUGCGCUGCUUGACGAUUAGCAGAGUUGGGGAGUCAGCUCUGAGAGCCCUACGUGAAAAGUUAUUUGCCCAUUCCUCAGAUCUUCUUGUUGAAUUUAAGAAGCAUGAUAAAGAUAAAACUGGUCUAAUCACCCUGAGUGACUGGGCAGCAGCCGUGGAGUCUGUGUUGCAUCUAGGACUGCCAUGGCGGAUGCUGAGGCCACAGCUGGUGAGCAGCUUGACAGAUAACAAGCUGGAAUACAAGUCCUGGCUGAAAAACUUGGCCAAAGAACAAUUCAGCCAUGAGAAUAUACAAUCAAGUUUGCUGGAAGCACUGUAUCGAAACCGAUCCAACCUGGAGACCAUUUUUAGGAUCAUAGACAGUGAUCAUUCAGGGUUCAUUUCACUGGACGAGUUCAGGCAGACUUGGAAGCUGUUCAGCUCUCAUAUGAACGUUGAUGUCACAGACGACUGCAUCUGUGACCUUGCCCGGAGCAUUGACUUCAACAAAGAUGGCCACAUUGACAUCAACGAGUUCCUGGAGGCCUUCCGCCUUGUGGAGCAAUCCUGCUCAAAGGGUUAUGCAUCAGAUUCCUGACAAGCCACAAACACUAAUAACAGUGACUGCAGCAGCCCAGAUAAUACACUAAGGCCAGUCUGGUCCCCAUCGUCCAAGGUGCCUUGUAAGCAAUGCUGAGCUCAUUGUGGGAAUAUCUCCCUUAUUCUCCAUAGCUCUGUGGAACUUUAUGCUGAGAAUUUGCCUACCAGUAUGCAUCAGAAUCACCUGUGUAUUCAGGUGAAUUCUACAAAACAUACGGAGAAGAACUUUUACCAAUCCUUCUCAAACUCUUCCAAAAGAUUCAAGAGGAGGGAACACUCCCAAAAACAUGCUAUGAAGCCACCAUCAUCCUGAUACCAAAACCAGACAAAGAUACCACCAAAAAAGAAAAUUACAGGCCGAUAUCUUUGAUGAAUAUAGAUGCAAAAAUUAUCAAAAAAAUUAUCAAACUGAAUCCAGCAACACGUAAACAAGAUCAUACACCACGACCAAGUGGGAUUCAUCCCAAGUUCACAAGUUUGGUUCAACAUAUGCAAAUGAGUGUGAUACACCACAUCAACAAAAGAAAAGACAAAAACCACAUAAUCAUCUCAAUACAUACAGAAGAAGCAUCUGACAAAAUUCAACAUUCAUUCAUGAUAAAAACUCUUACCAAAAUGGGUAUAGAAGGAACAUAUCUCAACAUAAUAAAAGCUACUUAUGACAAACCCACAGCCAAUAUAAUACUCAAUGGUGAAAAGCUGAAAGACUUACUGUGAAUAUCUGGAACGAGACAAGGAUGCCCACUCUCAACACUUCUAUUCAACAUAGUAUUGGAAGUCAUAGCCAAAGCAAUCAGAAAAGAAAUAAAAGGUAUCCAAAUUGGCAGGGAAUAGGUAAAAUUGUCAUCAUAUGCAGAUGACAUGAUACCAUAUAUAGAAAACCCUAAAGACUCCACACAAAACCUACUGGAACUGAUCAAUGAAUUCAGCAAGGUAGCAGGAUACAAGAGUAAGAUACAGAAAUUCGUUGCAUUUCUUUACACCAGCAAUGAAAUAUCAGAAAGGGAAUGUAAAAACACAAUAUGUUUUAAAAUCACACCAAAAAAAAAUAAAAUACUUAGGAAUAAACCCGACCAAGGAGGUGAAAGACUGAUAUGCUGAGAACUAUAAAACAUUAAUAAAGGAAGUUAAAGAUGAUUCAAAGAAAUGAAAGAUAUCCCAUGCUCUUGGCCUGGAAGAAUUAAUAUUGUUAAAAUGGCCAUACUACCCAAAGCAAUCUACAGAUUUAAUGUGAUCCCUAUCAAAUUACCCAUGACAUUUUUCACAGAACUAAAACAAAUAAUCCUAAAAUUUAUAUGGAACCAUAAAGAUCCUGAAUUGCCAAAGCAAUCCUAAGGAAAAAGAACAAAAGAGGAGGCUUCCCUGGUGGCGCAGUGGUUAAGAAUCCACCUGCCAAUGCAGGGGACACAGGUUUGAGCCCUGGUCCAGGAAUAUCCCACAUGCCAUGGAGCAACUAAGUCUGUGAGCCACAACUACUGAGCCUGCAUGCCACAACUACUGAAGCUCACGCUCCUAGAGCCUGUGCUCCACAACGAGAGAAGCCACUGCAAUGAGAAGCCUGCGCACCGCAACAAAGAGUAGCCCCCGCUCGCCGCAACAAGAGAAAAGCCCUCACGCAGAAAUGAAGACCCAACACAGCCAUAAAUAAAUAAAUAAAUAAAAAAUAAAAAAGAACAAAGGAGGAGGCAUAACCCUCCCAGACUUCAAACAAUACUACAAAGCUACAGUAAUCAAAACAGUGUGGUAUUGGCACAAAAACAGACAUAUGGAUCAAUGGGACAGAAUAGAGACCCCAGUAAUAAACCCACACACCUAUGGUCAAUCUUUGACAAAGGAAGCAAGGCUAUAAAAUGAGAAAAAGACAGUUUCUUUAGUGAGUGGUGCUUGCUAAGGUGGUUCUUUAGCAAGUCUACAAAUAACAAAUGCUGGAGAGGGUGUGGAAAAAAGGGAACCCUCCUACACUCUUGGUGGGAAUGUAAGUUGGUGCAGCCACUAUGGAAAAUAGUAGGGAGGUUCCUCAGAAAACUAAAAAUAGAAUUACCAUAUUAUCCAGCAAUCCCACUCCCUGGGCAUAUAUCCAGACAAAACUGUAAUUCAAAAAGAUACAUGCACCCCUAUGUUCAUAGCAGCAUUAUUCAUAAUAGCCAAGACAUGGAAACAACCUAAAUGUCCAUCGACAGAUGAAUGGAUAAAGAAGAUGUGGUACAUAUAUACAAUGGAAUACUACUCAGCCAUAAAGAAGAGGGAAAUAAUGCCAUUUGCAGCAACAUGGAUGCAACUGGAGAUUAUCAUACUAAGUGAAGUAAGUCAGAAAGAGAAAGACAAAUACCAUAUGAUAUCACUUAUAUGUGGAAUCUAAAAUAUGGCACAAAUGAACCUAUCUAUGAAACAGAAACAGAAUCACAGAUAUAGAGAACAGACUUGUGGUUGCCAAAGGGAUGGGAGAGAAGGGGAGGGAUGGACUGCGAGUUUGGGGUUAGUAGGUGCAAACUGUUACUUACAGAAUUGAUAAACAACAAGGUCCUAUUGUAUAGCACAGGGAACUAUAUUCAGUAUCCUGGGAUAAACCGUAAUGGAAAAUAAUAUAAAAAAGAAUGUAUAUAUGUGUAUAGCUGGGUUACUUUGCUCUACAGCACAAAUUAACACAAUAUUAUAAAUCAAAUAUACUUCAAUAAAAAAUAAUAAUCACCUGUGUAUUUGGGGGUGGGGAUGAGGUUAGAGUGUUUCUGCAUACUUUUAAAUACAUAGGUGCCCUAUCCCAUUUCAGAAUUUUCGCAAGGUAGGACCCAGGUAUAAGUAUUUUAAGAUUCUGAAGUCUAUCCCACUUAAGAACCACGGAUAAUUCAACCCCUUCAUUGUAUACCUUUUAUUUAUUGUUUUUAUAAUGUCUUGUUCGUAAAGGAAAGUUGUGAAAAAUUGUUUGUGUAAUCCCAUGACCCAAACAUAUGGAUUCUUUUCAUUAUUUACUUUUUCUUGUUAAAACUAAAAUGUUUACAUAAUUUAAUGUUCUGCUUUUGUUUUAUAAAUUGACAUCUGUGUUGCUACAUACUCUUCAUGAUUAUUCCUUUAAUGGCUGCAUAAUUUCAAAUAGAUGCAAUAUAAUCUAUUCAGCCAUGCUCCAAUUGUUAAACAUGUGUAUUGUUUCCAGUUUUUAAUUAUUAUAAAUAAUACUAUGGUUAAUAACUUUGUGCACAUAGCUUGUUUCAUAAAAAGCUCUUGAAUUAUACAUUUUCUUAGGCUAGACUCCCAGGAAUCAGAUUACUUUGUCAAAUGUUGGAGAGUCUAUAAAAAGAUUUACUGUAAGGCUCAUGUGAUUAUGGGAGCUGAAAAGUCCCAAGAUCUGCAGUUCAGCAAGCUGGAGACGCUGGAGAGUUGAUGGUGUGGUUCCAGUCUGAGUCUGAAGGCAGGAGAAGACCAAUAUUCCAGCUUAAAGACUGUCAAGCAGAGAGAAAGAAUUUUUUCUUACUCAGCCUUUUUUUUACUUUUAUGUUUUUAUACAGCAGGUUCUUAUUAGUCAUCAAUUUUAUACACAUCAGUAUCUACAUGUCAAUACGUUUGUUCUCUACAUCUGUGUCUCAACUUCUGCCCUGCAAAUCGGUUCAUCUGUACCAUUUUUCUACGUUCCACAUACAUACAUUAAUAGACGAUAUUUGUUUUUCUCUUUCUGACUUACUUCACUCUGUAUGACAGUCUCUAGAUCCAUCCAUGUCUCAAAAAAUGACUCACUUUCGUUCCUUUUUAUGGCUGAGUAAUAUUCCAUUGAAUAUAUGUACCACAUCUUCUUUAUCCAUUCGUCUGUCAAUGGACAUUUAGGUUGCUUCCAUGACCUGGCUAUUGUAAAUAGUGCUGCAA